AUCGAUCCAUUAUACGGUUUAGACAAUUCUUAUAGAAGGAACAAUGGAUCGAAGUUUAUGGCAAAAGGCAUUGAACCCUGACACUUUAUGGGAAAAGGUGACCCUAUUUCUUAUGCUUUAAUAAACUUCACUUAUUAUCAACACACAGGACGAAAUAUUAGACGUUCUUUUUUGGAUCCGUCACGUUACUGCGCUGUUGAUAGGAUGCUUAUUCGGUUUUCUCAAGCUGACCGGCUUACCAGGUUUUAUUCUAUAUAUAUCCCUCUGGUUCACCAUUUCGCAAGCAUAUUUCAAGUGGUUCUUAGAUUUGGAUGAAGACGACUUUGGUGGUUGGGGU